UGUAUUUACGGUAGAGCCCUCCGCCACACGGAAGAAAAGGUUCCAGCUAGCUAGAAACAACACAGGGAUGUAACAUUUUCUAGUGCGUCGGUGGUUUUUGGCGUUUUUAAUAAAUAUAAUUGCGCGAGGAGACAUUUUAUUAAUCAUACAUUGUUCUCAAAUAUUCGCACGAGUCGACAUGGCGACGUGCAUUCCCUUUCAAACCCAGCUGUCCUCUAUAAUGGAGGUUUUGGUUAAAGCAGCAGUGACAGAGAUAUCCAAACUAGUCGAUGACAAAUGUGCUUUUUUGCACCUCGAAAUAUCCCGAAAGCAAAGCGAGAAUGAGAUGCUGAAAAGGAAAUUACUAAUAAUGGAGAACAAAAAUGCGCAGCUGCAGCGGGGCUUUGAAAACUACAUGGACAGAGGAACUGAUGAGGGGAGCUGUCCGCAUCCUACAGGAGAUAUUAAGUUUCCUGACAUUGACGACGCCACUUAUCCGUUCACGAUAAAAGAAGAGAGUCCAGAUGAGAUGCUGUGGAUCAGUGAUCCUGCGGGACCGAUUGCUUCUGCUGUCCAUUACCGCACAGGUAAUGCUUCAGAGAACCAGCAGUUUGAAGAUGGUCCACUUAACCAUUCCGAGGUCGCCACAAGAAAAUCAUCCGAGUUCGCUGACUUGUAUAACUCUGGUCAGCAUGCGGGAGACAUCAACGGCCCUCAGAUCACGGUCAAGACGGAGAAGGAGGAAGACCGAUCCAGAUUCAACCAAGAUGGAUGCCAGCACGGCGCUGGGAAGCACAUUCAACUUGCUGCAGACUUUUCCGUGGACGAACGAGAGAAUCAGCUCUGGUCAUCCAUAAUCGAAGGGAAUGACAUUGAUGCCGGCUUCCCUGACUUUUCCAGUGUGGUAGAGGAGUAUUCCAACACAUUCCCGGACAAUUCGGAUGUUCACGUGGUUUCUAACGCCGCCAAAUCUGCCGGCGUGCAGCAGUUGUCCUCCCAGAGGCCGUGCAACGGGAUCUACAGCAGUGAGCAUCAGAAGGAUGUCCCACAGCUGUCCAGUUUUCAACCCAGAGCUCAGGCAGACAGGCAGAAGGAACAAGUGUACUUUCAGAGAAACCCCUCACAUGUUGGACACGCAAGGCAGCCGGACGAACACGCUGAGAGGGAGGGUGCAGCUGGAGACAAACCGUCCGUCAGUCACUCGCACAACACUUUGACAACAGGCAGCUUUAAAGCUCUGUCGGGCCCGUCGCGAGGCUACUCCUGCUCGCACUGUGGGAAGACGUUCGGCCGCCUGCACCAGUUCAAGCUGCACCAGCAGAGCCACAAGAGGAAGCGGGCGUUCUGGUGCACGGUGUGCGGGAAAAGCUUCCAGUGUUCGUCCCACCUCAGCAUACACCACCGGACGCACACGGGCGAGAAGCCAUACGGCUGCGGGCAGUGCGGAAAGCGGUUCACGCAGCAGAGCAGCCUGAGGGUCCACCAGCGCACGCACAGCGGGGAGCGGCCCUACAGCUGCUCGCUGUGCGGGAAAAGCUUCAUCCUGAUGCACCAUCUGAAACGCCACAGAAUCAUUCACACCUACAGCUGAGACGAAGAGACGUCUAGGGCACUGUUGCUCAGGUGAAAAAGGAUUUGUAAACUCGUUGCUUUGCUCACAGACUUUGUAUCAUAAUGCAUAUUCUACUAUGCAAAAUCCAUCUGGAUGGAUUUUAAGAUGUUUGCUUCUUUUUUUACUUAUAUUAAAAACUGAAUUGCACCCUCAAACAAAAUCAAGUCCGUAUUUUUGAAGGCACCUCCAAUGCUAGAAAUCCAAAAACCAAGAUCUGAAAUGUGGAGUCAUUACAAAGA